UGCUUCAAUUAAAUCCGAGACCGCACCCAGCAUCGACGUUGGACCGCCACACCCAACUACAGCCAUGCUCAGAUACUGCCGGCCAACACGGCUACUAAACCGAACCUGUCAAUCAUGGAGACCCUUUAGACCCAGCUGUCCGUCCGUCCCGGCGAGGACGCUUGCCACUGCGGUUCGUGGGGGGAUCAAGAUCGCCCAGUCUCGCAGUGAGCCCAAGGAACCGACCGAGCUCGACAGAAUCACCACCCUUUCCAACGGCAUCCGCGUAGCAUCCGAAGACCUCCCCGAUGCCUUCUCGGGGGUUGGCGUCUACAUUGACGCCGGGUCACGGUACGAGAACGAAUCGCUGCGCGGCGCAAGCCACAUCAUGGAUCGAUUAGCCUUCAAGUCAACAGCGUCGCACUCUGCCGAGGAGAUGCUCGAGACAGUGGAGAAGCUGGGCGGCCAUAUCCAGUGUGCCUCCUCGCGAGAGUCGAUGAUGUACCAGGCAGCCACCUUCAACUCGGCCAUCCCCACCACAACUGGCCUGCUAGCCGAGACGAUCCGCGACCCGAAGCUCACCGACGAAGAAAUACAGCAGCAGAUCGAGACGGCCGAUUACGAAGUGAGGGAGAUCUGGUCCAAGCCCGAACUGAUUCUCCCCGAGCUGGUGCACACGGCCGCCUUCAAGGACAACACCCUCGGGAACCCGCUCCUAUGCCCGCAAGAGAGGUUACAGGCCAUCAACAAGGAUGUUAUUCAGGAAUACAGAAAGGCCUUCUACCGACCCGAGCGUAUGGUGGUGGCGUUCGCCGGUGUACCGCAUGAGGAAGCAGUUAGGCUCGCCGAGCAAUACUUUGGGGAUAUGGAGCCAUCACAGCCGGCGCUCUCGAGGACGGGUUCAGAGACAUCACUCGACACGCACUCCUCCGACUCCAGCGACACAUCCAGCAUUUUCUCCGCCGCCUCCUCAUCAUCCGCAUCCUCUCAAGCCGAAACAUCCGGGCUGCUCUCCAAGAUUCCCUUCUUCAAGAACCUCGCAUCCAACACCUCCUUCUCCAACUCUAUCAUGCCCAUCUCAAUUGAAGAUCUGACUCGCCCGGCCCACUACACAGGCGGUUUUCUCUCUCUUCCGGCUCAACCCCCUCCGAUAAACCCCAACCUCCCAACCUUCACACACAUCCAGCUCGCCUUCGAAGGCCUCCCCAUCUCCUCGGAGGACAUCUACGCCCUUGCCACGUUACAAACCCUCCUCGGUGGCGGCGGUUCCUUCUCGGCCGGCGGGCCGGGCAAGGGCAUGUACUCGCGGCUGUACACUAACGUGUUGAAUCAGCACGGCUGGGUCGAGUCGUGCGUCGCCUUCAACCACUCGUACACCGACUCCGGGCUGUUCGGCAUCGCCGCGUCGUGCUACCCGGGCCGCACCGCUCCGAUGCUGCAGGUCAUGUGCCAGCAGCUGCACGCGCUCACCGUCGAGGGCGGCUACUCGGCGCUCAACCCCAUCGAGGUCGCCCGCGCAAAGAACCAGCUGCGGAGCAGCCUGCUCAUGAACCUCGAGAGCCGCAUGGUCGAGCUCGAGGACCUGGGCAGGCAGGUUCAGGUGCACGGGCGCAAGAUCCCCGUUCGGGAGAUGACGCGCAAGAUCAACGACCUGACGGUGGCGGACCUGAGGAGGGUGGCCAGGAUGGUAGUCGGCGGGAUGGUGGAGAACAAGGGCAAGGGCAGCGGCGCGCCGACUGUGGUGCUUCAGGAGGCGACGGCGCAUGGCGUCAAGACUGUUGAGAUGCCAUGGGAUCAGAUACAGGAUGUGAUUUCUUCGUGGAAGUUGGGGAGGCGGUGAAAGCGCAAGAGUAACGGGCUAUGUGCAGGGUGUGUAAGACCACAAAGGAGUGUACAAUUUUAUCUUCGUGAUGUAUAGACAAGCACUGAACGUUGGGACGGUCUGCUAUGCGCUGCUUGGAUACUACUAGAGUCAAUGUACCUGUCUGUGCCUCUGAAUGUUCCUAAGAAUUCGCCUACCUAUCCGAACCCCCAACACCGG